UUUCGUUUUUGAGUUUGCGCAAACUCCGUUUGGGCGGAUAUAGGACGUGUUCGAGGCUUUCUGGGCACUUUGCUAACUUGUUAUGGAGCCUUUACGCUUUUAGACAAACUACAAGAACACAUUAAUGUAACCAAGUAGAUUUAUCGCGUCGUUGAGUCUCAGAAACGCAAGUUAUGAACAUCCAUGAGAACCCCGUCUCCUGAAGACUUCAGCUCACAGCCCGCGCACAGCCAUGGCAUGGUCCAGGCCUUUUAGGAGACAGGAGCUCAGGGUGGUCCUUCUUGGGAACGUAGGUUCAGGCAAAAGUGCAUCAGGCAACACUCUGCUAGGCACCUCGCGCUUUGCCUGUAAAGUCAGUGCCUGCCCAGUCACUCAUCAGUGUGAGGCUGAGACUGUGACUCGGGAAUGGGGGAAAAUCACAAUGGUGGACACUCCAGGACUGACUGCAGAAAUAGUCACAGAUACUAAAGAAAAACUGCUUAGGUGCCUUCAGCUCUCGGCUCCAGGGCCACACGUUUUCUUGCUGGUGAUCCCCCUGGGUCGAUUUACCCAGGAGGAGAAGGACACAGUGCAGAGGGCAGCUCAGUUAUUUAAGGAACAUUUUUACACAUUCACCAUCAUUCUCUUCACUUUUAAAGACAAUCUGAAAAAUAGCUCAAUUAGUGAGUACAUCAGCACCGCUGGAGAGGGUCUUCAGCAGCUGCUGCAGAAGUGUGGCCACAGGUACCAUGCCUUCAACAACAACAAUCCCACUGAAUACGAUCAAGCGGAACAGCUUUCAUGGAAGAUGAACAGCCUGGUACAAAAGAACUUCAGAACAUAUUACACGUUAGAUGAUCGCAGUAAGUAUACAGAAACUUUAGGCAUCUGUUAAAGUUCAGUCACAUAAUCACUAUUAAAUUCAUGUGUAAUGAAAUGAAAUGAGUUUUUGAAAAAGACACAUCAAGAGCUGUAAUCAUUUUGGGAUAUUUUAAAAUAAUAGCAUUACUUAAUUAAAAAAAUCACUGUCCUUUCAGGAAACCACAGCAAACACCACCGAUACCAUAUCAAAACCUUAGCAACCACUUAGCAAUAAUAUAGCAACCACUAUGGAUACCAUAGCCACACCUUA